GGAAAAUUACGUUAACUUGAUCUCAUCCCGAAAAAUCUGUCGCUCAAAAUUAUAACAAAAAAAAAACUUUACGAGUUAUUUAUUAAUACAUGAGUUCCUGUGAUAUAAUGACGUAUCACGAAAUAUUAUUACUCAUGCAAAAUACACUGCCAAAAACGGAAUAAAAGAUUUGCUACUCAACAAUGAGUAAAUGACUUGAUAUUGAUAUUUAUUUGAUUUAUAAUUUUAUAUAUGGUAAUGACAUUUUGACUAGAAAAGUCUCUUCACGAAAAAAAUGGGACAGACACAUCCAAAGCCAGAAACACAUUCCAAACCCAAUAGUGAUAAAUCUAAAAAUUAUUUGUUCACUGAUCUGCCACCAGUUCCACGAACGUAUACUGAUGAUUUUUGGAGAAAUGGAAACGAUGCUUUCAGGUUUAGUGAACAUGAUAUUGAGGCACUUAACCAAUUUCGUCAGCUUGACCUUGAAUCACUAGAGUCAGAUGAUGAAAAGGAAUCAAAAAUUGAAAAACUUUGUGCGAAGUAUCCUUAUGCUUAUAUUCCAUUAGAUGUUGAUAAAGAUGGUUACGCGCGAGGAUUUAAUCUCUUUGAAUCAAUAACAACUGGUAAUUAUGGGGAAGUGUUUAAAGAAUAUGGGGAGACCUUAAUUCUUUGCAUUGGUAUAGAAGACUCUAAUGCAAUGAUAUACUUGGGUGGUAGUGGUAUUCUUGGUUUAUUAGCUUCAUCUGAUGAGUUACUUAUCGAAGAAUUAUUCAACCAUGUUCAAGAUUAUAAUCGAAGACUAAAGAAUUUAUUGGCUUCAUCUGAUGAGUUACUUAUCGAAGAAUUAUUCAACCAUGUUCAAGAUUAUAAUCGAAGACUAAAGAAAAAAAAGGAGACCUAA